AACAUAAACCAUAAGAAGCUUUCCUAGAGGAAGAAAGAGCCUACACAUUCUGAAAGCGGAGCAGAGGUUUCCUUAGCUGCUGUGGAAAGGUUUUCUUAGAGAAGAAGAAAAAGUUUCUCAGCAGCUUGAAAAUUUCUCAAAAAACUGUAAAAACCUCUCUCAGUUUUUCUAUUUCAAUCGCAAUGGCUCGCUCUUUCUCAAACGCAAAGGUUCUUUCUGCUUUGAUCACCAAAGCAAUCAACAGCCGAGGAUUUUCAGCUGCUGCGCCACAAGCCGGAGCUGCUGCAAGAAGUGGCGUUGUGGUCAAGAAAACGAGAGAGGAGAUGGCUCGAUCCACCGAGAAGACCUCUUGGGUUCCAGAUCCCCGUACCGGAUGCUACAGACCGGAGAACGUCGCAGAGGAGAUUGAUGCGGCCGAAUUAAGAGCUAUGCUUCUGAAGAAAAACUGAAUUUGACUGCCAAUAGAUUUUUCCUAUCAAUGAAGGAUGGAAGCGAGGUAGUCUUCAAUUCGACUGCCAAGAAUCGGCCAUGCAGGCCUUGAGUUUCUUGUGCUUUACUAGCUGAAUAGCUGUGGGCUGUGGUGGCUGCUCUGUCCUCUCUGUUUUUAGGGACAAUAAGAAGAAUGUUUACGUAGUAAUUUUCCUUUCUAUAUAAAUGGAAAUAAUUUAUGAAUUCAUGUUUUCUAUAUUCUAAAUUUUAAAUUCGAAUAUGUUAAGAUGGAA